GGGCCCCUGUCAUAUAAGGAUGUCUCGUGACGCAGGAGUUGCCCUUAAAAGAGUCUCGGCAGCGGAGCAGAGGGCACUUUACGCAACACCGCAUCUUCCCUGAGCCGGACUGAGGGCGGAUUACAAUAGAUAUAAAAGUGGGAACUCGGACAUGGCGGACAUGCCCGAACACAAAACUCUUUGGAGAAGGUUUAAUUGCAAUUAAAUGAAUACGAGCGGACUUGACAACUCAUUUUAAGACGUCAGAGGAACCCGGUGCACUCAAUUGAACGCGCCGAAUCCGAACAAGGGGACGCGCGAUGCGUUGAGGUAACAGGUGUCCCUUUAUGGGUACAACGGGGACAGGCUGGUAGGGGCGAGCCAGCUGCAACGGAAGUGGAGGAAUGCGCGUUUUGAAACACCUGAAGCCCUGAGGUCCCGAUGUCCCAGAAGACAAAACAGCAUGGAGACAAAGCUACGCUCCUAUGCGUAAAAAAAAACUUUCCGCGUUCGUAAGGGACCCCAACCCGUAUAAGAACCCAAACGGCUCCAGCGUGACGAGCUCCGAUGAAUGGACAGCAGGAUGGUUUUUGGUCAGGCUGGUCUGAAUCACAGCUUCAACCUGAGCGAUGACCGGGAGCUGCUGGACACGUCGGCGGGCAGGGCGAAGCUCUCCCCGACGGGCUUCGUGGUGCUGUCCGUGAUGCUGGGCUUCAUCAUGACGUUCGGCUUCGUCAACAACCUCGUGGUGCUGCUUUUGUUUUGCAAAUUCAAGAAGCUGCGGACGCCGGUGAACAUGCUGCUGCUGAACAUCAGCGUGAGCGACAUGCUGGUGUGUUUGUUCGGCACCACGCUGAGCUUCGCCUCCAGCCUGCGGGGCAAGUGGCUGCUGGGGCGCAGCGGCUGCAGCUGGUACGGCUUCAUCAACUCCUGCUUCGGUAUCGUGUCGCUGAUCUCUCUGGUGAUCCUCUCCUAUGACCGAUACAGCACUCUGACUGUAUACAACAAGGCCGGGCCAGACUACCGCAAGCCCCUACUCGCUAUCGGGGGCUCCUGGCUGUACUCCUUGUUCUGGACAGUGCCCCCUCUGCUGGGCUGGAGCAGCUACGGCAUAGAGGGUGCAGGAACCAGCUGCUCUGUGUCCUGGACGGUUCAGACGGCCCAGUCUCACGCUUACAUCAUCUGCCUCUUUACUUUCUGCCUGGGUCUACCCAUGCUGGUGAUGAUCUACUGCUAUAGUCGGCUGUUGUUGGCGGUCAAACAGGUGGGUAGGAUCCGAAAAACUGCAGCCCGGAGGAGAGAGUACCACAUACUGUUUAUGGUUCUGACUACAGCGGCCUGCUACAUGUUGUGCUGGAUGCCUUACGGCGUCGUGGCCAUGAUGGCGACAUUCGGCCCACCCAACAUCAUCAGUCCCGUGGCCAGCGUGGUGCCGUCACUGCUGGCCAAGAGCAGCACGGUCAUCAACCCGCUCAUCUACAUCCUCAUGAAUAAACAGUUCUACAGGUGUUUCUUGAUCCUGUUUCACUGCAAGCACUGGUCAGCAGAGAACCACAACACCUCCAUGCCCUCCAAGACCACUGUGAUCCAUCUGAACCGCAGAGUCUGCAGCAACACGCUGCCUUGCACCGCCCAGGCCUCCACCGACGCCGCCAACCACUUCUGCAGCACCUCGGCCACCAAGCACACAAGCCCCCCCCUCCAAGGUCACGGCCUGAGCCUGAAUGUUCUCAACAUGAUCAGACAGGAGAACCACAGUCACGAUGAAGCAGCAAAGAAUCAGCUCGACUGCCUGACUUAGGAGGUGACACCAAUUUAAAAAAAAAAACCCUGUUACCAGCCAGACUGAGUGACUGUUGUCAGUGGUUCUCACUUCCAUUGCUUCAGAUGGUUCAACCUGCAGCUCCCACAUUGGGAACGUGGAAACUCCACAACGUGAAUUUAAAGAACACAACCGUAGGUUUGAGAGACCCAACCACCAUUUAUGAAAAUAUUAAAAGGUUUGGAUUAAAGGAUACAAGCUGACCCAUUCCUCCAGCUGAAACACGGCGCCAUCCUUUGCCCACUGGAGAUGGACUUUAUCUUCUUGCAUUCGUGUGCCGGCAAUCAACUAUAGAUUUUAAAGGCCUUCUGGACCUACUACUGAUUGAAUCGGGCCCCUGAACCACAUCUGUGAGGCUGAUAAGGGCCAUUGUAUCGGCUGAUAACAAUCACAGUGGAUGCGUGGAAUGUCAACUAAAGCUUAAUGCAUUAAAAAAGUAAAUGUACUUUAUGUGAGCUUGUUUGUGCUUUUGAUACGGACAGAAAAAAAAAACACAAAACGUCGAAACUAGACAGCCAAAAGUAUGCGGACAUCUGAACAUUACAACAUUAUAUAAUUGUAAAAAAGAAUAUUUCCAAACAGCCUUCACGUUUACGGUAAAGCCGACAUCAAGAACCGACACUACUUCAGCCUCAAUGUGGCGCAUUGUGUUGUCCGCUUCCAAUUCAUCCUUAAAAGAGUUUAGUUCAGCACAUUCUUUAUAGGUCUCACUUGUAAUGUUGAAACUAACUAAAAGAUCUUCCCCAAACUGCACAUUAUUGUCUAAAAAAUUGUGUGUAACAGUCUUGGGAUUUACCUUAAAUUGUAUUAAAGGAGUGUCGCACAAAGGAUCUAAAGUACACAACAACGUGUACUUUUGGCCACAUAGAUUACUCGGUCCUCAUUUUAUGUUUUAUGAACUCAAUUGUAAUUGUUGUAAUAAAAAAGGUUUAAAGGAUGUACUGUAGAGGUUUAUUAUGAGCCCAACUGUCAAUGUGAUCACACAUUUCCUCCCGAUCACACUGGAAGUCGCUGCGCUGCUGUAAAUGCAAAGCUCGUCCAGUCCAACGUUGUGCUUCUUCGAUGAGUCUCAUAAGUGGAGUGAUGUUUUAAAUCAUGGUACUGACGUCUUUCCCUCCUCAUUCCUCGUUGUCACACAACUUUUAAGCUGUAUGUGCUUACUAUUUGAUAAUGUUUAUUUUAUAGUGUCUGUUUUGGGGUUUCCUCUUUUAAGAUGCCUUAAAUGCUUUGUGUUGCUGCAGCAUUUACUUGCAUGUUUUAUGUAUAUUGAAUUCAUCUUGGUGAACCUUGAUUCCAAUUAUUCCACCUUCUCUUGGAGUCACUGGUCAAGUAAAAGCUGUGGCACUCAGUGGAAGCCACGGGAGGUUUCCACUGAGGAGACAUUGAUGCCGACACGUUAGACGCAGAGGAGCACAUCAGAGGUUCCGUGGAAGGCCAGAUGACUCCUACUUCAUCUGGCUUCAAUUCUCCAUACUAGGAAGAGUGGGCCGGUUUGAGAUCUAACUUGUUUACUUGUGGAUUAGAGGGGAAGCAACAACAGUGAAGUGGAACACGCAAACCGUUUCAAUUAAAAAGGUUAACCUUGAAACAUGCAAACUUUUAUUUUUAUUUUAUUAGCAUCAAAUAUUCCCUGUGAGUGUCUGCGUGUGUGUGUGUGUGUGUGUGAGUGUGAGUGUGUGUGUGAGAGGCAUCAGAGCGAGAUGUGCUCCUGGAGUCACCUUCUGUGAUGGGGAACCACCACAGAUGAGGUUUGGAGUGCUUUGUCCGCGGGCUAUUCGUUUUUGAACGCAGUAACGUGACGUAAACAGCGUUACAGUUGUGCAUUUGAGAUGAAAAUGGAGGCUGAGCCCACCACGCUCACUUAAAGAUAUGGAAUUGCAGCUGGUGUUUCCCCAUCACAAGAUGGUCUCAAGUUGUUAUUGUUUUAAUUAUUUAAUAAACAUUAUUGCUGUG